CUUCGGUUUCAGACAACCUACUCUCCUCCUCUCCUCCACCGAAUCUCCGAUCUCUCCUCUCGCCGUCGCAGCUUCGCCGUUUCGGUCUUGGCCCGCCUCUAGUCACCCUCAUCAUCUCUCUCGCGAAUCUCAGUUAUGUCUGAUUUAGACAACGGUAAUGCCUUGCGUAUCGGAGACCGACACACGCCGGACAUCAAUAGAGACGAGACUGAGGAUUGGGAUGACGAAGAUGUCUCGUCAGAUUCCGACAUCGGAGAAGCUUUGGACUGGCUAGACGCCAGGGACGAAGACGAGGUCGUCGAUGGUUCCUUCACUCUUCACGCGCGCCGACCCAAUGCCCACGGUGGCCAUGGUGCCCGCCCUAAUUCCUCUGCUCUUCAACCUCUCUCGAAUAAGGCCCAGAAGCUCGCCCAUCACAUCUGUGCUUCGCCCUUGGAGAGUUGGGAAGCAAGGAUGAAAGUUGGAAUGUCUAAUUCUGUGACAACUGCUAUACGUGAUAGCCUCAGGGAAACAGAAAUCGGUAAAAGCAGAUCUGUCGAUAAGGCGGACCGGGCAACUGUUGAACAGGCUCUUGACCCGAGGACCCGGAUGGUUUUGUUUAGGAUGCUUAAUCGCGGUGUGUUCAACGAUAUCAAUGGCUGUAUCUCCACAGGAAAAGAAGCAAAUGUUUAUCAUGCCACAAAAUCUGACGGUCAGGAACUCGCAAUAAAAGUGUACAAGACAUCCGUUCUGGUUUUCAAGGAUCGGGAUCGAUAUGUACAGGGUGAUUACCGUUUUAGAUAUGGAUACUGCCGACAUAAUCCACGGAAGAUGGUGAAGACAUGGGCUGAAAAAGAAAACAGAAAUCUUAGGAGGCUUCAUGCUGCAGGAAUUAGGUGUCCAACUCCUUUGCUUCUACGACUUCAUGUUCUAGUCAUGGAAUUUAUAGGUAAGAACGGUUGGGCUGCACCACGUCUUAAGGAUGCUGCAUUAUCUCUGGACAAGUUGCGUGAGUGUUAUUUAGAGUUGAUAAUCUCGAUGCGUACAUUAUAUCAGAAGUGUAAGUUGGUGCACGGAGAUCUCAGUGAAUAUAACAUACUCUAUUUCGAGGGACACCUUUAUAUAAUCGACGUUUCUCAAUCUGUCGAUCUCGACCAUCCUCAUGCCCUUGAUUUCCUGAAGGAAGAUUGUGUCCAUGUCUCGGAUUUUUUCAAGAAACAUGGUGUUGCUGUCAUGACGAUACGCGAGUUAUUUGACUUCAUAGUCGACCCGACAAUUACGGAAGACACAGUUGACAGCUAUUUGGAAGAGGUCCAACGCAGAAUCAUGGAGCGGGGAGACAUAUCUAUGGAGGAUGAAAUUGCGGACUCGGUAUUCAGACAGUCAUACAUCCCGAAAACUCUACAUGCUGUCGAGAAGGCAGAAGAGGAAGUGAUGAAGUUAAAGAACGGAAAGGACACGGGCGAUAUUCUGUACAAAACCAUCACCGGCCUCAAGGAUGCUCUACCUAAAGUUUCACAGCCCGUAACCUCACAUACAGAGGAACAGCCGCUUCAAGGACCACAGGAUCCUCUCGACGAUCCAGAGGGUUCGAGAGACGAUGCUGAUUCUGAGGAAGGUUCUGAUUCUGAAGAGGGUGACUCUGAAGAAGAGGAAGGAGGGGUGGGUCCUGUGGACAAGAAAGCUGCGAGGAAGGAGAACAAGAAGAAAGUGAAAGAAGAGAAGAGAGAAGCGAGGAAGAACAAGAUCCCAAAGGCUCUCAAGAAGAGGAAGAAGAAACUGGCCAAGUCCCAUAAGACCAGGUGAGGGAACCUUCUUCCCUUGCAUAAUAAUUCUGCUUAGGGAAAGAGAAAAAAAAAACAUUUUUUUUUUCACAAUCGUUUUAUGUCAUUUUUGGUUGUCUGUGUGCGAGAUCAGUUACCUAUAGUUGGUCUUGUAACUUAAAAAUUUUUGUCAUCAAAAUACGAUAAAACCCGAGUGGGAGGUGAUCUACUUUCUUAUAUUA